AUGUCAUCCACCUCAACGACAUCAACCACUUCAUCAUCAUCAUCAUCAUCGACAACAACCUUAUCAACCACUGCUUCAAUCACUCAAUCAUUGUCCAAGAUUGUCUCUCCUCUAUCUCUAUCAUCGUCAGAGAUCAAAGAUGAUCAACAAACUCAACCUACAACUCAAACUCAAACUCAACCUCAACAACCUCUGAUAAAGAAGAAUGGUAGCAGUCUAUUACAACACAAAGUACCUCUACUGUCACUGAAUACCAAGAGUAGACAUCAUAGUCUAAAUGUCGAUAGUAUUGUCACUCGUGAUAUUGACAAGCGAAGGUCAGAAAGCAGUAUAUCAUCUCAGUAUCAACAAUUAUAUACAUCAGAGCAGCAACAACAACAGAGACCAAAUGAUACAGCAAGUCCCAGAGAUAUACCAACACCUCGGACAAGUGCUGCAAUGCAACUAUUGGAUAAUAUAACCAAUGACACAUCACUCCCAUCCAAUAGGAGCGGUAGUCCAACUAAUGACGUCAUUGGAGAUGGUAGUAGGUCUAGGAGCAGAACAAGCAUUGGACGCAAGAGUGUUGGUCCAGCACUAUCCUACGAUGCAAUGGACCUACUUGACCAGAUUGUCAGCGAGUCACUCAUGGCAUCACCAUCAACCUCCUCUGUAAAGUCAGACUCGAUCACACCAGACCUCAUUACGCCGCGAUCAAUCUCCACACCCACCUUGGCAUCACCUGCGCUAUCUUCAACACCGGAUAGCAACAGGUCUGGCUAUCAACAAAUCACACCGGACCGUGUCCGCAAGCAAAUGUCCUUCCCUGUGUUUGGCUCCAACAGCAGCUGUGGAAACUCACCACGCAUCGGCACACCGAUGCUACCUAGUCGCUCAUCGAUCGCAGCGCUCUCCAACAGUCCUGUCCUCGUCUCUAGACCAGUGGUGGUCAAGAACGAUCAACAGACCACACAGGACAUAUGGAGAUCGACACUUUCAUCUCGGCCCAAGGAGGAGUUGAUCAAGGUUUGCUUCGAUGAAGUGCCUGGCAAGAAGAUAACACAGCGAUUCUCUAUCGACAUGACACCAUUGGAGAUCAAGACCAAGUUGCUCGAGGAGGUUGGACAGGACUACAUGUCGAUCGUCGAUCAAUUCGAACUCAAAGUGCUAUCCAUCAACUUGGCUUUCACCAACGAAUCACUUCCACUGCGGCGUCAACUCGUCAUGCAAGCGUGCAACAUCACACGUCUCUUUCCCAGACUGCAACUGGCAUUCAAGUGUCCUGGUGACGGCAUCAAGUCAAUCGAUCCAGAGGCCAUCGAUAUUAAGAGUCACGUCGAAGCCGAGCUCGAGAUAUUCAAUCUGAUUGGCAACAACCACACCCGAUUCCUAGACAAUAGCAAGUCAGAGGUGGUCAAGUUCCGUCGUGAGAUGGCGCACUAUAGACUCGUUCAACCAACGCCCACCAAUCACUUGACUCAGUACAUCUAUGUGCUAUCCGAGCCAAUGCCACUGGUCAUCCCACCGAGGAUCACGAUCCAGGUUACCUUUCCCAACUCUGUGCACAUCACCAAGAAGCUACACUGCGAUCCCAAUCAAACAGUCACCGAGACUCUGAACGAUAUCUACAGAAAGUAUUCAGUGUUUGAAAAGGUCAGCACAAAGGAUAUGUCACCAAUCGACUUUGUUCUAAAGGUGACGGGCUUUAGCGAGUUCAUUCUAUCGGUGCCCCAGCUCGGCACAAAGACAGUGGAGGAGCAUCGGAUCAAACCAAGUGGCAAGGAUGGUGACUUCUCAAUGUUGGACUACGACUACAUUCGAUCGUGUAUCAGCAAGCAGCAGAUUGUAGAGUUGACAUUCUCAAGCAGCUCCAUAUUGGCCAAACAAGCUGAGCCCAACAUAUCAUUCAUUGACAAACUGCUGGAUACCAAUGACUUUGACAGUGAUGGCGAGGAUGAGUUGUCGGCACCUUUUGAACCAUUGGUCGAGGGGGUGAUUGUUCAGUCGCCACCUCAACAAUCGAUUUCACCGUCGUCACAACCGCAAUCAGCGCAGCAGGGCAUAUUUUCACAACAACAGAAUACUGCUGCAGCAGCUGCUGCGAAUGGACGAUUCCUACCAAUAACCAGGGUCAACAGGUUGUUCCGUAUCAAGCUAGUCGGACUGAGGAACAUCAAUCUGAUGCGAAACGAGGAGGCAAGGACCAAGUUUGUCGAUCGUCAACUCUAUGGAUUUGUGAUGGUCGAGCUGUACCACGGUGGUGAGCCAGUGUCAAGUCCAGUGUUCUCCAGUGCAAUACCUCUGCCAAGCAUGGAGACGAUCAACUUUCCAGAUUGGGAGCGCGACGUAUGGACCCCAUUCAAUAUCUCCAUUCGAUCACUGCCUCGAGCCACUCGUGCUUGUUUGACCUUCUUUGUCACGAGCGAACAACUUACAGAUCCAUCCGAGUCCAAGUCCAUCCCCAUCGGUUGGGCAAACUAUCAGCUUAUCAAUCACAAGGGCUACCUGUGUACUGGUCCUGUUGCACUACGUCUCUGGGAGGAUGGACGUGCCAAUCCAAUUGGUACAUGCAUUGACAACCUGGCUGCAAAGACACCAACAAUCUUGCUCAUAGAGUUUGAGACAUUUGUCAAGCCGGUCGUCUUUGUACCACCCGACUAUGAUCAACUGUCACCACGAGCGGUGGAGUCGAGAGACGCUGCCAAUCAAGUCAAGAAAACCAUUCUUGAGCCGGCAGAGGCGCGAAGACUCAAGUUGUUGAUGCAAUCAGAUGCUCUCAUGGUGUUGCAGCCAGAGGACAAACGAUUGAUAUACAAUCAUCGCCACCUCUACGUCAAUAAGCCAAAGGCAUUGGCCAAGUUCCUGUCUGGUGUCAACUGGGUGGAGAUGGAUCAGACACUGGAGGCCUAUCGCCAUCUGCAAGAGUGGGCAGCACUUCGUCCCACUCAAGCGUUGGAGCUGUUGGAUGCAAAGUUUGCCGACAGUAACGUUCGCAGCUAUGCAAUCGCAGCACUCAAUUGCUUCACCGAUGCAGAGUUCUCUGACUUUCUGUUGCAGCUCACACAGGUGUUGAAGUACGAGCCCUACCACAUGUCCGACCUGACCAACAUUCUGAUACAACGAUCAUUGUCCAACACGUCACGAAUUGGACAUCCGUUCUUUUGGUUCCUCAAGGCAGAGUUGGACACACCAGAGAUAGAGGAGCGAUACAGUCUCCUGUUGGAGGGCUACCUGCGAAGUUGUGGAUCACAUCGACAGGAGCUGAUCAAGCAGGACAGUGUCAUCAACAUGCUUCUGACUGUGGCCAACAGUGUAAAGACAGCGCAGGGCACCAGCGAAAAGAAGAAGGUUCUUUUUGAUGGUCUGUCCAAGCUCAAACUACCAGACAGAUUCCAACUACCACUCGACCCAAGAUGGGAGGCAAAGGGUCUGAUUGUCGACAAGUGUAAAUAUAUGGACAGCAAGAAAUUGCCAUUAUGGUUGGUGUUUGAGAAUGCUGAACCAUUUGCCAAACCAUUGACAGUGAUAUUCAAAGUGGGCGAUGAUCUGAGACAAGAUAUCCUUACACUUCAAGUCAUCAGGAUCAUGGACAAGAUAUGGAAGAGCUGUGGCUUGGAUCUCAGAUUGCAGCCGUACAAGUGUGUGGCUACUGGAAAUGGUGUUGGCAUGAUCGAGGUGGUCUUGAAUGCAAAUACCAUUGCCAACAUCAAUAAGGAUGCCGGUGGCACUGGUGCACUUCUAGAGGAGAAAACUCUUGACAACUGGUUACGUGAUUGCAAUCCAGGAGAUGCAGACUAUAACAAGGCAGUGGAGACCUUUAUACUUUCAUGCGCUGGCUAUGUUGUCGCGACCUAUGUGUUGGGAAUAGGAGAUAGACAUGCUGAUAACAUCAUGAUCACCAAAGCAGGUCACCUUUUCCACAUUGACUUUGGACACUUCCUUGGCAAUUACAAGAAGAAGUAUGGCUUCAAACGAGAGAGAGCACCUUUUAUAUUCACACCUCAAUACAUGGCCAUUGUCGGUGGCAAAGACAGUGACAACUUCAAGUUCUUUGUCCAGACCUGUUGUUUGGCCUACAACACUCUACGUAAACACACAGACCUAUUUAUUAACCUCUUCCAGCUGAUGCUUAGUACUGGUAUACCAGAAUUAAGACAUGCGGAUGAUAUCGACUAUUUAAGAAAGGCACUUGCACCAGACUCUUCAGACGUCGAGGCUGCCAAAGAGUUCACCAACAACAUCCAUGUCGCAUUGAACACCAAGACAGUGCUGCUCAAUGAUAUAUUCCAUAAUUGGGCACAUUAG